UCGUUAUUAAUAUGGCUUAAUAAUGACUGGCGACCACUCACGGAUGCUUUGGGGCUUUGUUUGCUGCUACAUAACGACCAGCAGCUACUGUACUAUGGUGAAGCUAGUGCGACGUUCGAUGCCACUUGUAGUAGGAAUGGUACGCAAUUGUUAGUACAGUCGCGCCUCGUUAGUAACGUAUUGUUAUUGUGCAGACAUAUGCAGCUGUGCGGGGAAAAAAACGUCUCUAAGGAAGAGUCGGUCGGUCUUUGUAGUGCGCUCAAGUCGUUUUACGGCCGUUGUGAGUUAAAUCGUCUUAGUAGGGAGCACAAAUCGCGUCCUAGCAGGACAUCGAACGAACGACAACAUUCCAACGUACUUUGUGUGAGAAGCUCUGUCAGACAACGCCCCUUCAAAAUAAAGGGUCGCGUGUCUCGGUCUUUAUGCCAUCAUAGAGCCUACGGUCGUUUUAUUUUGAAAGUAAGCACAAGAAGUUGUAUUCCUCUGCAGUAUCGCUUGUCACGCCGUAAUCGGGCACCGCGGGUAGUCGCCUCAUAAGGAAGUCGAGGCCAAGGGAGGGGGGGCCGUCGGCUUUGGCUAGUUCCAACUCGUGAUUUGGGAAAGACGCCGCAUACCGGAAGGCUGGGAGUACGUCUUCCUGGCUGAAAACAAAAACACCAUGUACUGUUAAAAUAUCACAGGACAGUCGCCGAGGAACAUGGAGCCGACGGCGAGGGAGGGUCCGAUUUGCCGUGGCCCCUCUGUCAUAGCUCCAUCUUAAUUGUGGAUUAUUUGGACGCCUUGGCGCCGCGGAACCUUUUGUUCGUGUUUUUUUUCCUUGGAGACAACCGGGCUUUCCCUGCGCUUCGCCGCCGUUCUUCAGAAAUGACAGCACCAGAGUCGGCUCUUCUCAUCUCGUAGUCGAGCAUUUGUCCACAAAUGGACUCCUAGCAGUUGUUUUGUUCCCCCCAAUCUUUUGCUUCUUGUACAGCAGCCCAAAGCAGUCAUGUUUGCCGUACGCAUCGUCACCGCAGACUACUACCUGGCAAGUCCCAUCACAGACCUGGACGUGCGUUAUUCAGAGUUCAGGAAAAGCGACGUGAAGAGGGUGCCCGUGGUGCGGAUCUUUGGAGCAACGCCCGCAGGUCAGAAGACGUGUCUCCAUCUUCACGGAGUGUUCCCGUACAUCUACAUUCCGUACGACGGUGACGGCCAGCGGCCGGAAGCGCACCUGCGUCUGGUGGCCUUCAGCAUCGACAGAGCGCUCAACGUCGCCAUGGGAAACCCCGCUUCCGAGGUCCAGCACAUCUUCAAGGUGGUGCUGGUUUCUGGCAUGCCUUUCUAUGGUUACCACGCCAAGGAGAAGCGCUUUAUGAAGAUCUAUUUGUACAAUCCUCAGAUGGUCAAAAGGGUUUGUGAACUGUUGCAGAGCGGAGCGGUGAUGAACAAGAUCUACCAGCCCCACGAGGGCCACAUCCCAUACCUGCUGCAGCUUUUCAUCGACUACAACCUGUAUGGCAUGAACCUGUUGAAGCUCGCGGCGGUUAAGUUCCGCCGAGGCAAAAACGAAGGGCACGCGCCGGCAGACCCGGACCGGCAGACCCCCGUCGUUCAUUCCGGCGACAGUCCCCGCAAGAGCCCGUGUACAUCCAAAUUCAGCGACAGCACCCUGGGGGGCACCUUUGGCCGCUGGGAAGAGAAUUCCAUUCCAUGCUCCCUCGUCCUGGAUGAGGUGGCGAGGCAGAGCACCUGCGAGCUGGAGGUUGACGCCGUCGCCGUGGAUGUGCUCAACCGUCUCGAGAUUGACAAUCAAAUCGGAAGGAACCCCGGCCUACAAGCAAUCUGGGAGGACGAGAAGCAGCGGAGGAGAGAAAAGAACGCAGACUCUCAAAUCGAAGCCCCGGAGUCGCAAGAGCGCGCGUUUGCCACUUCAACUGAGAGCGAGCACGUUUUCCUGAAAAGAUUCAAGCAGCUUCUGAAGGACAACGACUUUGACGUGACGCCGGCUUCCCCCGUUAGUGACGACGGAGAGGCUUUCGGCGAUCUCACCCUGCAUUCGUCUCUCCAUUUGACACCGGAGGAAGCGCAGUGCCCACCCGCUUCGGCUGUGGAGGCGCACCGGGACUCCGAGCCAGAAGUUGUGAGCAGUCCAGGCAAGAUCCCGGAGGAGGCCCUUGUGGACCAGGAGGCCAUUUUGUGUCUCCUGGAGAGCAGUCAGAGCUUCCUAGCGCCCUCUCAGGCAUCCAACCGCUCACCUUUAGUAGAUAGCAGCCAAGACGGCGCCAUGAUUGACUUGCUGGCGGGCUUGGCGGACGACGGCGGGACCGCCGGUCUGCCCGCUUCGCAGUCGCGGUCCCUGGCGGGGACCCAAAGCUGCCACUACAACAGCGACGAUGAGGAGGCCAAGCCCGAGUUGGACGAGGAAGAGGCGCAGCUCAGCGUGACCAUGUCGCAACGAUGGGACAGCGAGCCCCUCCAAAGCCCCCCUUUUGCGAGCUCUGCCGGCAAGGAGGCGCAGGACGGCGUCGGCGAUGAGCAUCGGGACUCCGACGACGACGACGACGACAUGGAGUGGAGCGCCAACAAUUCGUUAUUUGCUAACUUGUCCAUCCCCCAAUUUGACGGGGCGGCGGAUGAGAGCAGCGAUUCGUCCUUAACAGACAGCGGCUCCCGAAGCCAGUCUUCCCUUCUGGUCACCGAGAAGAUGAUCAUGAAAAGAAGUCACCUCCCGGGAGAGAGCGUCCGCCUGGAAGCCCCCUCCUCAGCCAAGAUCUUUCCCGAGUGUCAACACCCGGAGCACAGCAGCCCGGAGCACGGCGGCCCGGAGCACGGCGGCCCGGAGCACGGCGGCCCGGUGCACGCGCCGGACAAGGAGCAAGCGCUCGACAAACACUUUCGGUCAAAGAGCGGCCAGGAGAGCGGCAGCGAAUGCUCGACAGGCUUCAAAGUGAAGGCCAAAGUUCCUUCCAUCCCGCCGGUGGAACACCCCGUCCCCUGCAAAACAAUCAGUCAAGCGGAGGCGUCCGCCAUCCGCGUGGACGACGAGGACCACGUCGGCCCGCCGUUCGGCUACGACCGGCGAGCGUCGGACGGAGCCGACCUGGAGAGCUUCCAGUUCCACAACGAUCAGCUGACAAAAAGACGAAAGAGCGCCGCCGCCGCCGCCGCCGCCGAGACAAACUGCCUGGCCGUCCUUCAGAACCACCGGGCCUUUUCCCUCUGCUACUCGGAGCUGAGGAACCGCCCAACCAAGACGGACCUGGACCUGAGCCAGUCGGAGAGGCGCAGCCCCCUCCUGAGGACCAUUUCCUCGGCGCCGCCCACUCUGGAAAGCGAGGCCUUUCCCAACCGUCGGGAGGGCCAGAUGAGCAAAGACGGCCCGGAGGGGGGGGAUGUGGGCGAGCUGAAAAUCCGGUACGAGGACUAUCAGGAAAAUAAAACGGAAAAGACCAUCGGCGCCCAGCAGGAGGCGCACUACAAGUUCUUCCCCAGCAUCAUUCUCUCCAACUGCCUCAACCGCAAGAAAGCGUUGGGCAAAAAGCCGCCGGAUGCCCGCGGCAAAAUGGAACGGAGCGCCAAUCGUGGGUCCAGGCUCAAAUUAAAUAAGAAAAGAUUGGCGGGGCCCGGCGACAAAUCGAACGUGGACGAAAGCUGCGCCUCCGACGGCCGGGUCAGCGUCGGCCGUACCUCGGUCACGCCCGAUCGUCCGGGGAUCGGGGACACGGAAAUGCUGGUCUGCGACCAGAACCCGGUGCGGCCCGAGUCCCUGGUCGGCGAGCCCCUCCGAAAGGAAAACCCAGAGCGGCCGGACGCGGCGGGGCCCUCCCUCGGCAAACUGCCGCAAGCGCCGCCCGCUCGCUCGGCGGAAGCUGAAGAUGCGGCGGAAGACGCUUUCGAGCCCCUGCCAGAUUUAGCCACCACAGUCACCUGCACCGCGGCUUCGUCCCUGCCGGGCGGCAAAUACACGCUGAGGACCAAACGCAAAACGCCCUGCGACGGCGACGGUGAAUAUUUGGGCGCCGCCGUCAAAGGGCGUGGCAAAGGUUGCAACGGCCACGGCGGGCGGGAGCAGAAACGGCGCAAGAAGGAACCGCCGGUCAUCAUCAAGUACAUCAUCAUCAACAGGUUCAAAGGAGAGAAAAACAUGUUGGUGAAAAUGAGCAAAGUCAGCGGCCAAGAGCAGAGGGUGACGCUGACAAAAGACAAGUUGGAUCGCUACGGCAAACUGGCGCCCCUGAAGGACUUCUGGCCAAAGGUGCCCGAGUCCACCGCCGUCCGCUUUCCCGUCGCUGAGCCAAAGGCCAAAAAACAAGCCAAAGCAAAGUCCAAAGUCAACUCCUCAAAUAAAAAAACACUCGACGGCAUUUCCGGACUUCGAGUCGGACAAAGUGAAGAUCGGGCAAAAAGAUCAAAGGGCUGCGAAAAGCGCCGGCGUUUCCCCGCUUUGCCACACGAGCGGCGGCCGGCGGACUCCACCCACGCCAAGUUGGACGCGACGUCCCCUCGCUCUUGGUCUCCGACAGACCCUCUCAUGACUCCAAAGCAACUCCUGAGCACCUUGCGCGAUCCGUGUCUCGGUCUUGCGGGACAAACGCCGCCGCCGUCGACCGAAGGAGCUCCGAACGCAUUGCGGAGAUCAACGGCUCCCAUAAGGAGACGCGUGAAGAGAGAGAAAAAAGGCGCCGGAGCUCCUCCAAGACAGCGGAGGAAGGCGCUGGCUUUUGUCCCACAAACAAACACCUCCGAAGACGAGCCCCGAGCCGGACGGCCGUACAAAAAGGAAAAUCUGGACGCAAGUCAAGACGUCGGGUCCUCAUCCCCGUCUGAAAAGCUGGCAAAUCAAGGUGCCGAGCGAGACCAAACGCUCCGGUCUCCGGAACCCAAGUUAGAACGUGGCGGUUGUCAGACCUCCGGCGUGAAGCUCGAGGAGGAGGAGGCGUCUCGGGCACGGCCCCCGCAAGGCGCAAAAGACGCCGGAUUCUCAAGAGCAGCCCCCCGACGGCGCAGACCGCUCGCCGGUCUCUCUCGGCCCCCGUGCAGCUCGUCGCUCCUCAAGAAACUUUCCCAAAAGAGUGAUGCCGAAGCUCAGCCCGGCGCCCAACGGGGCCAAGCCGGAAAAGCCCCGAGAAAAGCCCGCACGCCCAAAGAUAGCAAAGGCGGAAUUGGGAAAAGCCAUCGGAAGCAGGGCCGGCCCCCGGCGCCGGACGGCCGCCCGCCCCUUCCGUCCGGCGAUUUGAUGGAAGACGGCGGGCUGUCGCCGGAGCUCCGGCACGACUAUUCCUUCGACAUCAACGCCAUCGAUCAGAGCCACUUCUCCAGCCCCUACGGCGGCACCCACUUCGUCCUGACCGAUCAAAUGUUACCCGUCAAGUUCUUGAGCGACGGCGCUCAGGAGGCGGCCUUUGACAAGAAAGCCGGCGGGCUUUCGGCUUACGGCGAGGAACCCAAACGGGACUCGGACUGGCGCGGGGCCAAGCCCGCCAGCCCCGACCUCUUUGACGGACCCGAGCGCCUCACGUUCACGGACUGGGACAAAUUGCGCAACGGCGAUUGCGAGUCGUCGUCGUCGUCGUCGGGCGUCGGCUGCCAUCCCCUCAGCCCCUUUCAAGACUUUCAGUGCGAAGGGAAAGAGCUCCUCUUUUCGGCUUGCGAGCCCGCCCCCCCGCCGCCUUUGAGCUCCGCGGGCUUCGGCGGCCACGAGGGCUCUCCGGCGGGCCCGCCCCUGGAGGCGACGCCCGGCAGCUCGCCGCGCUCCGUCGCUUCGCUCUCUCAGGUGAGGGCCGGCCAGGCGCCGCGUGGACCAGGGGGAGGAGCCAACAUUCUCAAGCCGCUCAUGUGCCCUCCGAGCAGGGAGGAGAUGGCGGCCACUCUGCUCCACCUGGAGAUAUCCGAGGCCGCCUUCCAGGAGCCCUUCUGCAGCGAUCCCUCCGACGCGCCGGCAAAACCCAUGGAGGUCGGCGGUCGCAAGCUAGCGGUGGGGACCCGACUGGUCAAGGAGUUGAAAGAAUUUGGCGGGGAAGUGUCUUUAGAGGGCCUGCGUUUCUGGAAGACUGCCUUCGCGGCCAUGACGCGUUACGCCGCCCCCCCCAGCCCGUCCGCGCCGGCGAGGCGAGAUGGGGCCGCGAGCGACCCAUCCUCCCCCGCCGGCGACAAGCCACUGGUCCUCCUGCCCUGCAAAACGGCACCCAGCCGCCAACGUGUGCACUUGUGGCUGGAAGCCAGGAAGCAGUUUGAGGCCUUACAAAAGGGGAUGCGCCACGCCCAGUUGCUAAAGAAGGCGGAGUCGCCCGCUCCCGACUCGAAUGCCGCCCUCCGAACUCCGACGAGAAGGAAGCGGAACCCGUCGCGGAAUGCCGACUCUCGGGGGGACGCCGCGGCGCCGAGUCCGCCGUCCGACGAAGCUUCCGUCCAACUGGAAGAGGAGGAUGAGCAAGGCGGCUCUCCGGAAUCCCCGGAACCGCCCACGUGGCAGCCGCCCUCAGGCGGGUUGCUCGCCAAAAGGCGCGGCGGCCAUGGCAGCCCUCCCGGCUGGAAGGAAGAGCGCCUUCGGAGCACGCCGUUGGCGACGAGGCAUCUGGAACCCGCAUGUAGCAGCACCCCCAUGUCCAAAGAAGACCCCAUCGGUGGGAGAAUCCAGCAUCGGCGGGGAAGCCGAGCGCAAGCGCCGACAAGAGUGUUGCCCGACACGCAGAUCAAGAGCCAUUUUGCUGCUUUGAACGCUCCAAAGAGAGAGACUUCUCAGAUCGAAGGCCCCAGCAUCGCCAACUCGUACGGCUUCCAAGUCAGCCUGCAAAACUUGCAGGACGCCAAAGCUCUCCACGAGGUCCAGCACCUGACGCUCAUGGGAAUGGAGCUUCACGCGCGAACUCGACGUGACCUCGAAGCCGACCCCGAGUUUGACCCCAUAUGUGCCUUAUUUUACUGCCUGAAUUCCGACGCUCCCUUGCCCAAUGCGGACGGCUCCCGAUUGACGGGCGCCAUCGUGGUGCAUCGGGACCACGGCGCUCGCGGCCAAGGCCACCGAGGCGCGGCGCCCCUGCUGGUCAGGUCAGGCAUCACCGGGCUGCAGGUGAAGUACGCGGCGGAUGAGACGACGCUGUUUGAAGAACUGGUGGCCCUCGUGAGAAGGUUCGACCCGGACAUCCUGUUUGGUUACGAGGUGCAGAUGCACUCGUGGGGUUACCUUCUGCAGCGAGCCGCCAUUGUUGGGGUCGACCUCUGUCAACAGCUAUCGCGUGUGCCGGGUGACUCCAGAGAAAACCGCUUUGCUGCAGAAAGGGACGAGUACGGAGCAGACACGAUGACGGAGAUCCACGUCAUCGGCCGCGUGGUCCUCAACCUGUGGAGGGUCAUGAAAACGGAGGUGACGCUAAACAACUACACGUAUGAGAACGUGGCCUUUCACGUGCUCCACCAGCGCUUCCCCCUGUACAGCCCCCGCACCUUGUCGGACUGGUUUGAUCACAACAGCGACCUCUACAGAUGGAAGAUGGUGGACCAUUAUGUGAGCCGAGUGCACGGCACCAUGCAACUUCUGCUGCAGCGCGACGUCAUUGGCAGAACCAGCGAGCUGGCCAGACUCUUUGGGAUUCAGUUCUUCCACGUUCUCACGCGAGGCUCACAGUACCGCGUGGAGUCCAUGAUGUUGCGGGUGGCCAAGCCGCUCAACUACAUCGCGGUGACGCCCAGCAUGCGGCAACGGGCGCAGCAGCGGGCGCCUCAGUGCCUGCCCCUCAUCAUGGAGCCCGAGUCGCGCUUUUACAGCAACUCGGUGGUGGUCCUGGACUUCCAGUCGCUCUAUCCCUCCAUCGUCAUCGCGUACAAUUACUGCUACUCCACUUGCCUGGGCCACGUGGACGACUUGGGAACGCCAGACGAGUUCAAGUUUGGCUGCACCUCCUUGCGCGUUCCCCCGCAGCUCCUCUACCAGCUCCGAAACGACAUCAGCGUGUCGCCCAACGGCGUCGCCUUCGUCAAGUCGUCGGUGCGGAAAGGCGUCCUUCCCAGCAUGCUGGAGGAAAUCCUGCGCACGCGCAUCAUGGUCAAGCGCUCGAUGAAAGCCUACAAGCAGGAAAAAGCGCUGAUGAAGCUGCUGGACGCUCGGCAGCUCGGACUCAAGCUCAUCGCCAACGUCACCUUCGGCUACACCGCCGCCAACUACUCUGGACGCAUGCCCAGCGUGGAGGUGGGAGACAGCAUCAUCCACAAAGCUCGAGAAACUUUGGAGAGAGCCAUCAAGCUGGUCAAUGACACGAAAAAGUGGGGGGCGCGCGUGGUCUACGGAGACACCGACAGCAUGUUCGUCUUGUUGAAAGGCGCCACCAAAGAGCAGGCCUUUAAGAUCGGCCAAGAGAUGGCCGAGGCGGUGACCGCCACCAACCCCAAGCCGGUCAAGCUGAAAUUUGAGAAGGUGUACCUGCCCUGCGUGCUGCAGACAAAGAAGCGCUACGUGGGCUACAUGUACGAGAGCCUGGGCCAGAAGGAGCCGCUCUUCGACGCCAAAGGAAUCGAGACGGUCCGACGUGACGGCUGCCCCGCCGUUUCCAAGAUUCUGGAGCGCUCCAUCAAGCUACUCUUCGAAACGCGGGACAUCAGCCAGGUCAAGCAGUUUGUUCAGCGCCAGUGCGUGAAGGUUCUGGACGGGCGGGCCAGCGUGCAGGACCUCACUUUUGCCAAGGAAUACAGAGGCGGCGCCUCGUACCGGCCCGGCGCCUGCGUGCCUGCGCUGGAGCUCACCAGGCGCAUGAUGGCGUACGACCGUCGCCUGGAGCCCCGCGUGGGGGAGCGCGUGCCCUACGUCAUCGUGUACGGGAUGCCCGGCGUGCCGCUCAUCCAGCUCGUCCGCCGGCCCCUGGAGGUGCUGCAGGACCCCGGCCUCCGCCUCAACGCCUCCUAUUACAUCGCCAAGCAAAUCCUGCCCCCGCUGGGCCGCAUGUUCCAGCUGAUUGGCGUCGACGUGUUCAGCUGGUACCAGGAGCUUCCCAGGAUCCAGAAGGCCUGGUGCUCAUCGGGCGUGGCGAGGAAGGGCACCAUUUGGCAGUAUUUCACCACGCUCCACUGUCCCGUGUGCGACGAGCUCACCCAGCUGGGCGUGUGCUCGCGCUGCCGGGCGUGGCCCCAGCGCGUGGCCGUCACCCUCCAGCAGGACAUCGGGCGGCGAGAGAGAGAACAGGACCGGCUACUGCAGAUCUGCAAGAACUGCAGCGGCUGCGGCGAGCGGCAGGUGCCGUGCGUGUCGCUGGACUGCCCCGUCCUCCACAAGCUGACGAGGGUGAGCCGGCGGCUCUCCGAGGCGCCGUACCUCCGACGGCUGCUCGACGACUUGUGAGCGCCGCCCGACGUGUCGCGGCUCACUUUGGUGCUAAUGGCCGCCGCCGUCAUCGUUUGGGUGUUGACUUCCAAACAUUUCAACGGUGCUUCUCCUGAACCCCGCCGGGUUGCCAUCGUGUCCCGUUACCUGCUCAAGCGUAUUUGUUAUACAAGUAUCGUCUCUUUGGAAGCUCCCUCAUAGGGCAUCUCUACGUUUCAUUCGAGCCGUGCUUAUUGUCGAUCGCGGCCGUCGUCGGCUGCCGCGGCGCCCCGCCCCCAACCCAACACCAAAAAAAAAAAAAAAAAGUCGGACUCAAAUAUUCCUCAUUUAGUGCCACGGCCGUUCAUUCAUCAAGUCGAUGAGCAACGGCACGUGGGACUCCACUUUAAUGUGCACAAGUCGUUUUCCAUUUGAAAGUGCUCAAAGGCUGUUUUUGUACAUUCUCCUGAGGGACGCCAUUUUGAUUGUAUUCGUGCUCGUUUGAGCUUCUUGCUCGUCUCGGGUGAAAUUUGAGAUUGUCGUUUUUUUUUUUAACCGGGGACUGUUGCAAUACUGUUUUGAUAACGUCUAUCUGUGCUAAGUACGUUUCAAACUCUGUGCUGUCAUCAAACCGUGUGGAGAUCCGAAUAUCUGUUGUUGGUAAAAAUGUCAAAAGAAACAAAAAACGCUGUUGCUGUGGGUUGAAAUGGAUUGAAUAAAAAGUUGUCGCAUUCAAA